CGUUAUUACAUCACGCGGGCAGAAGCCACGUGUCUCGUCUCUCGCACGAUACAACCAAGUUACGAUCAUAUUCGCCGCUCACAAAGAGGCCGGCUGACGGAGUGUGCGGGUGUCCCUCUCCAUUUCUUUCUCUUCGUUGUAUUGAGACCCAUCCGGGACAUUUGUGUUUGUGGUGUUGUGACACUCUCCGUUUCGAGAGACGCUCCGUCAUGCCGGCGAACGAUUUACGCGCAGGAUUAAAAAGAUUGGUGGAAGGAGAGGGUACCAUGAAGAGCACUCUUCUCGCCGGACUAGCGGAACUGAUUGGCACAUCCAUCUUGGUGUUCGUGGGAUGUAUGGGCUGCGUUGGCAGCCUCGGAGUCGUGCCUCCUCAUCUACAGAUAACGCUAACCUUCGGAUUAACGGUUAUGGUUGUGAUCCAGUGCAUUGCUCAUCUCAGUCAAGCUCAUAUUAAUCCAGCAAUUACUGUAGGAGCCGUUGUUCUGGGAAAAAAAACUAUUAUAGAGGCCGUAGUUUACAUUAUUUCUCAGUUCAUAGGUGCGAUUCUGGGUUACGGUAUGUUAAAGGUAGUGACACCGAGAGAUCGCUUGACAUCCGGUACUGUCGAGCAGUCGGACUCAUUUUGCGUGACCGGUCUGCACCCUGAUCUGUCCGGGAUCCAAGGUCUGAUUCUCGAGGGGAUCGCCACUUCUAUCCUGAUGCUGGUAUUCUGUUCCGUGGUGGACCAGAGAAACGAGAAAAACACGGAUUCGAUAGCGAUCAAGUUCGGUCUUGCGGUAGCCGUGCUGGCAACAGCACUCGGACCUUACACCGGAGCCAGCAUGAACCCGGUUAGGUCAUUCGCGCCCGCGUUAUGGAACAAUCAGUGGUCGCAUCAAUGGGUCUACUGGUUCGGCCCGAUUGGCGGGGCCUUAAUCGCCUCGUUCGCGUACAGAACCAUUUUCGGACUUCGCGAACAGAUUCCCGAAGACGAAGAGCCCACCGCCGAAGUGGUUGCGCUCAACAGCGUGGAGGCCCACAAAACCGAGCAGUCUUAAUUUCGAAAUGAACACGACCAAAGUGACAGGUGAUAAAAGAAGAAAUUAAAAUUCAGUCGACCUUUUUUCAACACAAAGAAAGCCUUCAAACAUCUGGGAGAAGAUAGAUACUUUUAAGACAUAUUCAAUGACGCAUUCAAUGACGGGUCGGUUCGAAUAGUCAAAAUCGUCGAAAGAAGUUUGGAAGCUCGACCCUCGACUCACGUGAAAAUGUACUCAAAGAGAAUUUCCGGAAUCAUCAUCACAGGAUGACGUAGCCGUAAUCACAUGCGCAUAUCCUACAAUCGCAAGUCACGCUCGGUUUGCCAGUGUUAACUUUACAAAUGCGAUCGUUUGUUAUCACCGUUGUUAUCUUUUUUUCAACAAUCCAAUUUGAAUUAAAAUCGAUAAAGCAGACUUCCGCAUUCUAUUAUCGAGUCUGAAUAUCUAAUUAAGUAUAUCCAUGCUCGUGUGUUAUCAGAAAUUUUAGAUUAUUGGCUAAAAACUCUCGCACGUGUGUGAAAACAUCUAGAGAGUGUAAACUCGCAAUCUCGCGAUCAAACGUCAAUUGAAACGUCAAAUAAAAUGUGAAAUUAAUUUCGAAUAAAUCUGUUGUGCCACUUUCUCUCUGUAAUAUAGUGUACAUUCUGCUAUAAAAUACGUCGAUCAUUUCUACAAGUUUAUUAUAUGUAUGUAUAUAAUUUUUUUCUCUUCAUCUUUGCUUAUACGUACGUUAGAGAUUUACGAUUCGAUGAGAAUAUAUAAAUGUGGUGAAUAAACAAUUUGAAAAAUGUAUACCUAGUCUUACACACAACGAUGACACUUAUAUGUUAACGCUUUCAUUUUUAGUUUGAUAAUAAAUCAAAUUUCAUGAAAGUUAAUAUAAUGUAUAAUUUUAUAUCUUCAUUCUCUUCGAUUCGUACGCUUUUGCAUGAUUUUAAUAUAGUUAUUGUAAUCCAAUAUUACAUAAUACUCUUACGCUUGAUUAACUUUACUUUUACGUUAUUCGUCUCGUUUACAGAUAGAGCGAACUGUUUUGUACUCGCGUUUGUUAGCCGUUCGAUUUCAUCGCCGGAAGCGGAAAUGUCGAUUCCCCGAGCGACGAAAGAGCCGCGACCGAUGACUCUUUACGUAUCUAUUUUUGUUACAUAUAUGGUCAUUUCUAUAGUUACGCAUAUAUAGGUACUUGCUCGAAGCUAUGACGGGAGAGAAGCGUCUCGUUCGUUCAAAAAAAAGUCUCUCUUUGGUGAGGCAGCUUUUCAUAGUUUUCGAGCAUUUCCAAACAAAUAACGUUUCACCAUUUAUAAGUUUUAUCAACAGACGCACAAAUAUACAAAAUAUAAAAAAUA